CGUCGCAGCUUCAGAGCAUUUUAUCCGCUUGCGGAUUUAGUCCGGUCGAUUCUAGUCUGAGCUCGAUUAUUGUCAACCAGAUCAAUGAGUCCAUGCGUGAUUCGAACGAAGCGGCCAUGUUUCUGGCGCAACUGAUCCACGAGAGCGGUGGCUUCAAGUAUCGUAAGGAGCAGAGCGGAGGUGCCGGUCAGGACUACGGAACUCGAUACUGCGGACGUGGAUUUAUACAGUUGACAUGGGAGGACAACUACCGGAAGGCUUCGCAGUCGAUCUUCGGGGAUGAUCGACUGGUCCAAAAUCCUGAUUCGGUGUCCGACGAUCCGAACCUGUCGAUGCGCGUUUCGGUUUGGUACUGGGAGUGGGCAGUCCGUUCGGCCGGCGGCCCUCAGCAGAACAAAUUCGGCAUGACUACCAAGGCGAUUAACCCAAUGGAAAACGGUCCGGAGAACCCUACUGCGAAGAGACGCUACAACUUCUACCAGAAAGCGGCCAAUGUUUUGGGUAUCAGGAAUCAGGCCAGCGAUGCGUGGUGGUAGUGUUAGUGUCGGUCAACAAGCUUAUAUGAAAUAUAAUUGAAUAUAGCUAUACAUAGCUGCAACAACAUUCCCUGUUGUAUUUGAUGAU